AUGUUCAAGUAUUCUGCAUUGCUCGCUCUGGUCGCUUUGAUGCCCGCCAUCGCCAACGCUCAAUCACCACUCUACGGGCAAUGUGGCGGUAUUGGCUGGUCGGGAGCUACGACCUGUGUCUCUGGUUCUUCCUGCCAGAAGCUCAAUGACUACUAUUCACAAUGCCUUCCUGGUGCUGCUGCUCCAACAUCUGCUCCAACAUCUGCCCCGCCCACGUCUCCCACAGUUACGCCCACAGCCCCUGGCUCAAGCGUACCUCUGCCGUCUACCACCCCGACUGCUGGAAAUCCCUUCGUUGGAUACGAGGCUUUCCUUAGCCCUUACUACCAAGAUGAGGUCACGGCAGCUGUAAGCGCUAUCAGCGACCCUACCCUCAAAGCCAAGGCUGCCAAAGUAGCCUCUGUGCCCAACUUCACUUGGUUCGACGUCAUCGCCAAGGUUCCAACCCUAGGCGACUACCUCUCGGCUGCCAGUGCUAAACAGGCAUCGACUGGAACCAAGCAGCUCGUCCAGAUUGUCGUCUACGACUUGCCUGACCGUGAUUGCGCUGCGCUGGCCUCUAAUGGUGAAUUCUCGAUCGCUAACAACGGUCUCAACAACUACAAGGGCUACAUUGACCAGAUCGUGGCUCAGGUCAAGAAGUUCCCUGAUGUCCGCAUCGUGGCAGUCAUCGAGCCCGACUCGUUGGCCAACUUGGUCACCAACUUGAACGUCCAGAAGUGCAGUGGGGCUCAGACCGCUUACAAGCAAGGUGUUACUUACGCUAUGCAACAGCUCAACGCCGUCGGUGUUUACAUGUACCUCGAUGCCGGACACGCUGGAUGGCUCGGCUGGCCCGCCAACUUGACACCUGCUGCUCAGCUCUUCGCUCAGCUCUACAAGGAUGCUGGCUCACCACAAUUCGUUCGCGGCCUUGCUACCAACGUCGCCAACUUCAACGCCCUCCGUGCCUCUUCCCCGGACCCAAUCACCCAAGGCAACCAGAACUACGAUGAGAUCCAUUACAUUGAGGCCCUGGCUCCGGCUCUCUCUUCUCAAGGAUUCCCGGCUUCGUUCAUCGUUGACCAAGGUCGCUCUGGUGUACAGAACAUCCGUCAACAAUGGGGUGACUGGUGCAACGUUAAGGGUGCAGGCUUCGGCAUGAGGCCAACCACAAACACUGGCUCUUCUCUCAUUGACGCUGUCGUUUGGGUCAAGCCCGGAGGAGAAUGUGACGGCACUACCAACACUUCUUCCCCACGUUACGAUGCCCACUGCGGUCUUUCGGAUGCUGCACCCAACGCGCCCGAGGCUGGUACCUGGUUCCAGUCCUACUUCGAAACUCUUGUCAGCGCGGCCAAUCCGGCAUUCUAA